AUGAUUCAACAUGUCCAGGCAUGGGUCAAUUUUGAAUCAAAAAUGGAAUAUCAUGGUCAAGAGGCAAAUCCAUAUCCUGCUCUCGAGCAUAUCCGAAACAAUAUCGAAACCCUUACUGAUGAACAGAUCCAGCUUGGGUUACUGGAUGCAUUCACUCGAACUCGCGAUGCACAUACUUUCAUGACGUUAGCUGGUCCGUAUAGUUGCUUUUAUGUUACCACAGGAAUCUUUUUUCAAUUUAUUGAUGGUCCAGGAGAUAUGAUCCAAGACCCAACAAUCGUCGUCAGUAAACCCGUCAAUCGUGAAAUAUUUGACCUACUACGUAAUACUGCUUAUAGUCGAAUUAGAGUUGGAGAUCAACUUGUCAGCAUUAACGGCCUCACUUUUUACCAGUGGAAAAACAAACAUCGAAAUGUCAUUGGUGGGUCUACCGAGUCUCAUAGUCAGCGUUUAGCAUUAAAAUAUUUGACCUUCAGAUAUGGAUCUUAUACCCCACUUCCUAGUGAAGACUCUAUCAAGCUUAAACUCAAAUCUCGUAACGGUAUCAUAUACGAAGUUGAUGCACUACACAUGUCUAAGCAUCGAUAUAGCUGCUGGGAAUACUCCAGUAAACUUUACACACAGCUGACAGGCGUGAAUCUUGAUAUACAUUUAGAAAAUACAGUUGCUGUGAGAGCCAAUAGUCAUGCCUUGUCAACUACAACAGUCGAUGAUCAUACCACAAGUUCCCAAUCUACCAUGUCAUUGGUCACUCCUCGCCAUAUUCGAAAACGGGAUCAAAACAGUCAAGAUCAAGACACAGGACGAUUGUCAAAACGUGGUUUACGGAUUUCAUUUUAUCAAACAGAUAUACUCGAACUAUCUUGGACAAUUUGGAAACCUGACAGCCAAAACAUGGGAAUAAUCGAAUUGACAUCGUUCGGGUGCACGUCUCGUAAAACAAACACGCAAAAGAUUCCUGAAGGAAUUCUUGAAGUGGAAAGACUAUUGAAGACAGUGCUCAAAAACACCAAUUCUAUUUUGAUCGAUGUUCGUGAAGGUGGUGGUGGAAGUAUGGAUUUUGCAAAUGGCAUUCUACAGCUAUUCAAGAGUGAUAUUGAGCCAUUUAAAGUGAAAUGUCUCAUAAACGAAGUCACAUUCAAUAUGUUUGUAGAAUCACCCAUAGAUUUGAAAUCGUCUCGUAAUGCUUGGCUCAAAACACCAGCUGGAAGCAAGUACUCACUAUUCCAUGAUUUUACGGAUCCAAAGGAAUUCAACACUUACGAUCCGGUUUAUGAUAAACCAAUGGGUGUAUUUACCAGUGGUAAUUGCGCUUCUGCGUGCGAAAUUAUGGCAGGAACUGUGCAGUCGUAUAACAUUGGAACAGUGUUUGGUGAGGAUGCCACAACAGCAGGUUCCGGUGCAGUCGUUUGGAGUUUAGAUCCAGAACUUAUCUUUUAUGAUUCGACAGACUUUAAACCAAUGCCAUUCAAAAAAGAGUUGACAUCUCAUACCAAUGAGGAAUUUUACAACAAAAUGGAGGUAGGUCAUCGAGCAUUCAUCCGUAAUGGCAAUCGUAAAGGACGGCCGGUUGAAGAUAUUGGCAUCGUAUCUAAUGUUGUAAUCCGACCACAACUGGAAGAUAUUAUUUUUGACACAACAGAUAGUCCACAGUACAAUUUUAUUGCAAACUAUUUGAUUGAAGCUGGCAAAAGACCAGCCAAAACAGUUUGA